GCGCACAAAGUUCAGACUGGCCAGACUGUCUUCCUUUCCCCCGUCAAAGACAUCAAAUCCAGAUAGACACAGGCGUCAAAUCGUGAUAAAACUCAAGUGAAACACGAACCGUAUAACUAUCAUAGUACUCACCCUUAACCUGUCGCCUGAAAUUGGAGGAAACUGCGGUCUCUUGCUGGCCAUGGGCCCCUCUGUGUCCAUGUCCGCCGCCGCGUCUUGUUCACGUUUUCGUUUUUGAGUCUUUUUAGACUUUACCUUCGUGAAAGUAUCUUCGUCACUUUUACUCUCCACGGAAGCACUGGCGUCCGGGGUUGUACUUUGAUCACUGUUCAUCUCGGGGAAUAGUGUAAUAUCAGACUAAAUAGUUAACACUAACGCAGAAGACGACCACUGAGACAUGAGGAUGUCCUCGUGUAAAGAAAAGGACCAACUGAGCCGUCUCACCAUCGCCAGUAGAGAACAAAUAAUAAGUGCAAACGUGACAACACACAGAAAUAUCUUUGCAAGUUUUUAAAAUAAUAUUGAAUCCAUAAAAGAUCUACACACACAGUCGGUGUGACUUGAAAUCAUCAAAUCUCGACUAGAAUUGCGAACAUUUGGUCAGGCAUCUCUUUGGACAGCCUCGGGUUCAGCUCGGCAGUAGGAGGAACCAAAGUGGUUUGUUUUGGCAGCCAGAGACAUUGCACUGGUUAUUUGCUGCCUUAAUCAAACGGCUUUAUAACAAAGUCAGACCACAGCGAAGAUGUCGUCGCCGCUUGCAAAGCCUCAGAUUAUUGCGCACAUUCAGAAGGGUUUGAAUUACACGGUUUUUGACAAUAAAUGGAUCCCUUGCAGCGCAAAGUUUGUCUGUCUUGGGAACUUUCCUAGAGGAACCGGAGUGAUGCAAAUAUAUGAAGUGCAGCACGGGGAGGCUCAACUUAUCAAGGAGGUAGAAAACACAUGACUGAUGUAACCUUUUGAUGGCUGUCUUCCUCUUUAUUCUCGGAAAUAAAUUAUAUCAACUGUAUCUAGUAUUUUUAGGUUAAGCUACUGUAUGUGGAUUCUGUAAGUCUCUGGUUGUCUCCAUAGCAACGAGCAACAGAACGAUAGCAGACAAUUGACAGUUUCCAAAAGUUUUUUUGGACAUGCUAGUUUAGUUGAUUAUGCUAAAUUAGAUACAAUAUCUGUUGUGUGCUUUUUCUAGAUAUUGUUUACAAGUUAAUCAUCUCGACCUACGAAACGCACAUGGUCUCAUUUAGGCACUACUGAACGGCACCGUAAGGAGCCUUUAUGCUUUACAAACACAGAAUUAGGAUCAGACCCCAAAACUUUACCACCUGAUCAUAUAAAUUAAGUUGAUCGCUGAAUGGUUUAUUAUUUCAGGACUGUGUCAAUACAAUAUACCUUAGCGUCAUUCAUCUGUUUGUUGCAUCUUCCUUUCCAGGUAGAGAAACCCAAACCCAUCAAGUGUGGAACAUUUGGGGCCACUUCUCUUCAACAACGACACAUAGCAACUGGGGAUUUUGAAGGAAAUCUCAAUAUAUGGUACUCAAUCAAUUUGAGCUGAAUAUUGCCAUUUAUGUCUUCCCAGUAAUAGUAUAAAAGUCAAUAAGAAGGCUCUAUUAGAAACCACUCAAUGGACUAAAUGAAGUACCUGAAUUGGUGCUUGUUGCUUUCAAAUUAGACACACAUUAACCCUUACUUAAAACCUGUUGGGGUUUAUUUCUUCCCAGGAAUUUGGAGAUGCCUGAAGUGCCAGUGUACGCUGUAAAGGCCCACAAAGAGAUUGUAAACAGCAUCGACGGUGUUGGUGGUCUUGGGAUUGGAGAUGGUGCACCUGAGAUAGUCACUGGAAGCAGAGAUGGUAAAGAUGUUAAAGCAGUUUUUGCUUAAACCUUUUCAAAACAACAGCUUUGAGAUAAUUAAGUGGUGUUGAGAAAGCAGUUAGAUCAUGGAUUAUUGGGGUGUUGGUUGGCUGGGUGGAUGAGAUGUGCGCCCCAUAUGCAGAGGCUAUAGUCCUUGUGGCAGUUUCCUGGCAUUCCUUGCCUGUCAUCAGCUGUCCUAUCUAGUAGAGAGAAAACUGCCUGAAAGUAUAAUUAUGAAAAGUGUCUUUUAGAUAAAACAUGGAUGUCCUCUGGUGUUAUAGGGACUGUAAAGGUGUGGGAUCCUAGACAAAAGGAUUCACCUGUAGCCAACAUGGAGCCAACGGAAGGAGAAACCAAAAGGGACUGCUGGACUGUUGCAUUUGGUAUGUAAAAUAUUAUCUAUUUUAUUUUUUCAAAGUUAGAAUUGGUGUUAAAGUCCCACUCUGAUUUUUUUAAAAUCACUUAAAGUGUUAUCAGUGGUCUUUAGAUUGUGUUUAUUAAAUUUUAAGCCAAAAUCACGUUACCUUUGUCAUUUUCAAGGGCUUUUCUUCUGCAGAGCUCCAGUAGAUCAUUAGCAAUUCACCUCUGAGUCGUGGGCGGAGACAGCACUGCUCUGCACACUCCUCGUCAUGCUAGCUUGUAGCCUAACAAUGCCGGUGUAGUAGGAGUUGAAAGUGACAUAGGAGCUAUUCAGCCCUCAGACACUAAUGUCUUAAGGGACAUGAUGAAAUUUAAUAUCAUAAUUAGCUUUCUUUCAAGCAUUGCAAUCCACUAACGCACAUGCUUGUUCCGCUCUCAUCCUGUACUUUUCCGAGUGUGGGCUCCGGGGGCGGAGCUUGGAUUUGCUAUGUAGGAAAUCUCACUGAAUCUGAACCUGCUGUUUGCGUCUGUGAGAGAUUCAUAGUAAUUUGAAUGCAGAAAUAGUCAGAAAUGCAAUUUCGCACUUACUUUUCUCAUGGUAUGUCCUGUAGCACCAGAAAAAAUGCCAUAUAAACAUGUAGACAACAAGAAAAACAUGAUCUCCUCAAAGUGGGUCUUUAAAGGAAUGGAGUUAAUCUAUUGUAGAUGUCUACUUGAAAGCAUUUUUAAUAGUAAGAUCACAGGUUUACCAUGCUACCUACAUGCACAAAGGGAUUAAAAACUGUUACAGAUGUACAAAGAACAACAAAUUCCAGACACCAAUUAUCUCACCAAUGAAAAUAUGGCACUUAAACUUUGAUUCCUCUCAAUGUGAGCUUCCUAGUUUAUAUAUUUAACAUUUUCAUUACCCCAAAAUUAAAAGCCAGCUUCUGCAGUGUCACUUUUAGUUGACUCUCUUCCUCCAGGUCAUGCAUUCAAUGAUCAGGAUCGAUGUGUGUGUGCCGGCUACGACAACGGGGACAUCAAACUCUUUGACUUGCGGAAUAUGUCUCUACGGUGGGAAACCAACAUUAAAAAUGGGGUGAGCUCAGCACAUUUCAUGGUUGAAUAGGUCAGUAAGUGGUGAUGAGAGCUCCUGUGACUGUGUGAAGUGAUUUUGUUCUUGUUUAUUUUUUAUAUUUUAUGUAGCCAGUAUGGUACUGCAGCAAUGAUAUGACAAACUAUCCUGAAGAAAAUGGGAACUGACACUGGCAACAGAUUUAAUCCACUGGGCUUAGAAGUAAACCUCAUAUUUAGAACUAUUGUUUGUAUUAGGACUGCAAAUGCACUCUUUUUAUCUUGUACUGGAACCUCCACCUGACUCAACAGGGAGAUAAAAACAGCAGUAUGGGGCAAGAACUGGAAAUUACUUCCCAGCAUCAUUUAGACUUUACAUAACUGCACACAUCAUACAAAAACACAGCAGAGCUAUUUGUUAUUCAUCCCCCUCUGAAACAGCCUGGGGUCAUUAUGUCUGUUUCAACACAUACUACAAUGUGGGAAACCAUGUGUUGUGAAACCAUGCCAUAUGAAAAUUUCUGGGAGUAACUGUUAUUUUUUCUGACAUCAUGGCCAGGUAUGUGCUGUGGAGUUUGACAGGAAAGACAUCAACAUGAAUAAGCUGGUGGCCACCUCACUGGAGGGAAAAUUCCACGUCUUUGACAUGAGAACCCAGCACCACACCAAGGGCUUUGCCUCCGUUUCUGAAAAGGUAAUUGACAAAGGCAGUAAAAGCCAGACAGCUGUUUGGCUCCCAUGUGUGGGAAAAAUGUCAAGAGGGUUAUUAUUGUUAUUGUUAGUUUUACAUUUGUAACCUACGGAGGAAAUUGGGGGCUGCACCUCAUUCUGACCAUUUUCACAGCUGGAAGUGUUUGGGGUUGUGUUUGUCUAACAUGUUCUGUGGUUUUGUGACACCAGCCAAAAGUGACCCUUGGCUUAUGAAGGGGAGAGUCUUGAGCCAAAAUGCCGAGAAAUCCCAGAAAACACACUUCAAUGUAGAUUAAAGCACAGCUCAACUCGCCAAGUGUUUGCUGAGUCUCUGAGAUCAGAGGGAUCUGCUUUCCAAAUAUUUUUCCUGUUUUUCUGAGUAAUCAACAGGUGGCACAUCGGUAUCUUCCUCUAUGAGUCAUAAGGUUUCUCCAGAUAUUUUGAUCCAAAUAAGGGAGGAAAAAGCCAUGUACUGUUUUUGACUAACCAUUAUAUCUUUAAUCUUUCCCUUGUCUCUUAAAACAUUCAUCUCUUGAGGGGGUGUCUAACUCGGUUUUAAGGUGUGUUUGAUCAGAUUUAAGACAGAAUAUCCCUUUAACAUCAAUUUGUUUAAGUUUGCAUUCUGGAACCAAGACUCAGUCUUUUACAAGAUCUUAUCAUUUUUGUUGUGUGAAGUAAAAGCUUUGGCUUUUAUCAACGUAGUUUGGCCCACUGGCACAAGGAAAAAGUAUUUCACCAAACACAGCGACAGUAAGCAGUGCUUAAAAAUAUAAAGUGUGCUGCAAAUGCAAAGGUUAAGACUGCAUAAAUCCUAGAAAAAUACAAAGGUUUAACAUCUUUCUAAAUUUUUUGUCAAAGAAGCAAAUGAUCUGUGUUUGUUUUAGGCUCAUAAGUCGACCAUCUGGCAGGUGAAGCAUUUGCCCCAAAACAGAGAGAUAUUUAUGACUGCAGGGGGAGCAGGCAACCUUCAUCUGUGGAAGUAGUGAGUACUUCAUAUUUAAUCAAACAAAUCUUAUCUAGUUUCAAGAUAUGUAAAUGCUCAUUAUGAUGGUUGUUUUUUGACAAUGAAGUUUAAUUACUAUGGCAACUAUGAGCAGAUGUGGAUAAAAUCUGUGUCAUUUUCAGUGAGUAUCCGGCUCAAAGAAGCAAGAAGGACUCAGAUGGCGUGGAUGUGGGUGUAGCUGGCUCUGUCAACCUCUUACAGAAUGUCACUCUGUCUACUCAGCCAAUCGCCAGCCUGGACUGGAGCCCUGACAAGCAGGGCUUGUGCGUGUGUUCGGGAUUUGACCAGACUGUCCGCGUGCUUAUUGUCACCAAACUCAAUAUGGUGUGAAAAAAAAAAAGAAAAUACAACAAAGAUCUAUACAGACUGAGGAGAAACAAGUCACAACUGCAGAGGUGCACCAAUAGUGUAUAAUUCACUGCCCCUUUUAGAUGCUGGGGUGUCUGUUUGAACAUUGGACAACUUCCUGAUGAAAGUUUUGGCAGCUGUCUGUCUAGAUUUUGUACAUUUGAUACUUAUCUGUUGAUUUAUCUGAACAGAAAUUUCUUCAAUCCAAAUAAAUGGUCAAAUCUAUUGUUAGUGUUAAAUUAAAAGUAUCUGUGAAUGCUACCCCUGACGUAUAUAUGCAACUUGGAUGAUCCAUCUGGAGAGUAUAGUACAAGAGUGCAAAGACUGACCACUAAAGCACCAUACUACACAAAGAGAAAGGAGUCCUCCAGCCUCUGGCUUUGAAUAACAAGCUGAAGGCUGAGAUUUCAUUUCUUUAUCUAGUUUCAUUUUUUAAAUUCUCAUUGAAACUCCCCUUUUGUUGCAUUGUUGGUGAACUCUAGUUUUGUUGAUUAAGUCACUUUUGAUAUGUCAUUUUUAUUGAGAACUGUGUUAUAAAUUACAUGUGCCUUUGGAGAAAUAAAUCCACUUGUUUCUGUCUUCUUCUCAUC